CUCGCCAUCGGGUACUCAACUCGAUCUCGAUCAGAACGAGACGCAAUGGCUUCCGGCGGGUGGACGCAGCGGCAGAACAAGCAGUUCGAGUGCGCUCUGGCCGUGUACGACAGGGAGACCCCGGACCGGUGGCACAAGAUCGCCCGCUACAUGGGCGGCGCCAAGUCCGCCGACGAGGUGCGCCGCCACUUCGAGCACCUCGUCGCCGACGUCGCCCAGAUCGAGGCCGGCCGCGUCCCCUUCCCCCGCUACGACGCCGGCGCCGGCGCCGGCCUCGACGCCGCCGCCGCUGCCAGCAGGUCGUCCAAGUAUCUCAAGUUCCAGUGAUCAAGACAAAUGACGGCGCCAGAGACGACCACGUCGCCGAGUCCCCGAUGGUGUCAAAGAUGACGCAUGAAUUAUUAAUAUAAUGUGAGAUCAAUUGGCUCCAAAUAUGGAUGACCUAGGGGGUGGGAGGAGGCCAAGAAGACUAAUCUUUCACCCUCAACAUGUUGUAAAUUAGCUAAUUAGAACAGUGUUGAUCGAUGAUGCUGCUAAAAUGUCCACGUAUUAUAUGCACGUUCUUUCGAAAAAAAAGUAUUGUGUAUAUCACAAAGCAAUUAGAAAUAUUCCGCAGCUUCUCCCAUCAGUCAUAAGAUACGUCCAAAGUGACCCUUGGAGCACAUUAUUUUGUAAGAAUACAUUUGUCAAAUACAAUAAAUUUAUGAAAAUUGUGAAAGCAUGUAU